UUAGUUAGAGGGUGUUUCUUUCACUUCACCCAAUGUAUCUGGAGGAGGGUGCAGAAAGAAGGUCUGGUGAUGGACUAUAAGGAAGAUGAGGAGGUGAAGAAGCUGGUGAGAAGAGCUGCUGCCCUCCCUCUAGUACCUCGUGACAAAGUGGAUGAUGUGUGGCUUGAUGCCAUUGCUGACUCUCCUGCUGGCCCUAAAGUGACUGCUUUCAUGGACUACGUGACAACCAGUUGGGUUCAAGGACAGGCCUUCAUCCCAGAGAUUUGGAAUCACUUCGAAAACCAAGGCCACCGUACCAACAAUCACCUGGAAGGGUGGCACAACAAGAUAAAGAAACUUGCCAAGAAGUGCCACCCGAACAUCUACGAGGUAGUGAAGCUAUUUCAGCGAGAGCAGUCACUCAAAGAGGUUGCAGUCCUGAGACUCUCUCACCAGUGGUCAGAAACAAACAUAUUUGGGGGCGUGGCCUUAAAGGGUGCGACGAUGCUGUAG